AUGGAGAUCCGUCGCCGCCCUGCCGCCGCCCCGUCGCCUCACCGCCGCCCGCCCCCACCGCCGCCGCCUUACCGCCACCCGCCGCCGCCUCGCCCCCCCCCUCCCCGCCGUCCCGCCGCCCCCCGCCGCCGCCCCGCCGCCCCCCCGCCGCCGCCCCGCCGCUCCCCCGCCGCCGCCCCGCCGCCCACCCGCCGCCGCCCCGCCGCCGCCCCCCCGUCGCUGCCCCGCCGCUCCCCGGUCGCCGCCCCGCCGCCGCCGCCCCCGCCGCCGCCCCGCCGCCACCCCGCCGCCGCCCCCCCGCCGCCGUCGCCGCCCUCUCCCUGGCCCUCCCGCUGCCGCCGCUCUCUCCCCUCGCCGCUGCGGCCCUCCCGCUCCCCCCCCCCCCCCACCCCCCCCCCCCCUGCGCCGCCGCCGCCGCCCUCUCCCCUCGCAGUCGCGGCCCUCACGCCGCCGCCGCCCUCUCCCCUCGCUGCCGUGGCCCUCCUGCUGUCGUGGCCCUCCUGCUGCCGUGGCCCUCCUGCUGCUGCCGCCCUCUCCCCUCGCCGCCGCGGCCCUCCCGCUGCCGCCGCCGUCUCCCCUCGCCGCUGCGGCCCUCUCGCUGCCACUGCCAUCUCGCAGUCGCCGCUGCUUCCCACCCCACCUCGUCGCGGUCUCCUCGCCACCGCCGCCGCCUGCGCCUCCUUCGCCGCGACCUCACCACCACAGCACCUUCGGCUGGCUUGCAACCUUCCCUGCAGCUGCAGCCCCCCUUCCCGGCUGGCAUACAGAUUCACCUCUGCAGCCCCUUUCCUUCAGCUUCUCUACCUAGCAUUGACUUCAUGCUUCAAGGGUUGUGCACCAUUAUAA